AUGGUUGAGAAGAAGAAAGUUCAUACCCUGAAUCAGUGGGACGGCGUGGGAAGGCUUGGCCAGGUUCACGCUCGGUUCUCUUACGUGAGAUUCUUGUGCCCCUUUCACAUAGAUCUCGCACUGACUCAAGGCAGCACAAUCCCUCCUUUGUGCCACAAAGGCUAUUUCCCCUGUGGGAAUCUUACCAAGUGCUUGCCCCGGGCCUUCCACUGCGAUGGCGUGGACGACUGCGGGAACGGCGCCGACGAGGACAACUGCGGUGACACUAGUGGAUGGGCAACCAUAUUUGGCACAGUCCUUGGAAAUGUUAAUAACGUGACAUUAACACAGGAGUGCUUUUUAAACCAGUAUCCACAACACUGUGACUGCAAAGAAACUGAAUUGGAAUGUGUAAAUACUGACCUGCAGUCUGUGCCUGUGAUUUCCACCAAUGUGACAUUAUUGUCUCUAAAGAAAAACAAAAUCCACAGUCUUCCAGAUAAAGUUUUCACCAAAUACAAAGAACUUAAAAAGAUAUUUCUUCAGCAUAAUUGCAUUAGACACAUUUCCAGGAAAGCGUUUUUUGGAUUAUAUAAUCUGCAAAUAUUAUAUCUCAACCACAACUGCAUUACAACUCUCAGACCUGGAGUAUUCAAAGACUUACAUCAGCUAACGUGGCUAAUUCUAGAUGACAAUCCAAUAACCAGGAUUUCUCAGCGGUUGUUUACUGGAUUAAAUUCCUUGUUUUUCCUGUCAAUGGUUAAUAACUACUUAGAGGCCCUUCCGAAGCAGAUGUGCACCCAAAUGCCUCAACUCAACUGGAUGGAUCUGGAAGGCAAUCGAAUAAAGUAUCUUACGAAUUCGACCUUUCUAUCCUGCGAUUCACUCACAGUGCUGUUUCUGCCUAGAAAUCAAAUUGAUUUUGUUCCAGAGAAGACAUUUUCUUCAUUAAAAAAUUUAGGAGAACUGGAUCUGUCUAGCAACAUGAUAAUGGAGCUACCGGUCCACCUGUUUAAAGACCUGAAGCUUCUUCAAAAACUGAACCUGUCAUCCAAUCCUCUUUUGUAUCUCCACAAGAACCAGUUUGGAAGUCUUAAACAACUUCAGUCUCUAGACCUGGAAAGGAUAGAGAUUCCAAAUAUAAACACAGGAAUGUUCCAACCCAUGGAGAAUCUUUCUCACAUUUAUUUCAAAAACUUUCGAUACUGCUCCUAUGCUCCCCAUGUCCGAAUAUGUAUGCCCUCGACUGACGGCAUUUCUUCAUUUGAGGACCUCUUGGCUAACAAUAUCCUCAGAAUAUUUGUCUGGGUUAUAGCUUUCAUUACCUGCUUUGGAAAUCUUUCUGUCAUUGGCAUGAGAUCUUUCAUUAAAGCUGAGAAUACAACUCACGCUAUGUCCAUCAAAAUCCUUUGUUGUGCUGAUUGCCUGAUGGGCAUUUACUUGUUCUUCAUUGGCUUUUUUGAUAUAAAAUACCGAGGGCAGUAUCAGAAGUAUGCCCUGCUGUGGAUGGAGAGUUUGCCGUGCCGCCUUAUGGGGUUCCUGGCCAUGCUGUCCACCGAAGUCUCUGUCCUGUUGCUGACCUUCCUAACUCUGGAGAAGUUCCUGGUCAUCGUCUUCCCCUUCAGUAACAUUCGUCUUGGGAAGCGGCAGACCUCCAUCAUCCUCAUUUGCAUCUGGACGGUGGGAUUUUUAAUAGCUGUAAUUCCCUUUUGGAAUGAGGAUUACUUUGGAAACUUUUAUGGGAAAAAUGGAGUAUGUUUCCCACUUUAUUACGACCAAACAGAAGAUAUUGGAAGCAGAGGAUAUUCUCUUGGAAUUUUCCUAGGUGUGAACUUGCUGGCAUUUCUCAUCAUUGUGUUUUCCUAUAUUACUAUGUUCUGUUCCAUCCAAAAAACUGCCUUGCAGACGGCAGAAGUGAGGAAUCACAUCGGAAAAGAGGUGGCUCUUGCAAAUCGCUUCUUUUUUAUAGUGUUCUCUGAUGCCAUCUGCUGGAUUCCUGUGUUUGUUGUUAAAAUUCUUUCCCUCCUCAGAGUGGAAAUACCAGGCACAAUCACUUCCUGGAUAGUGAUUUUUUUCCUUCCAGUCAACAGCGCCUUGAACCCGAUCCUGUACACGCUCACCACCAGUUUUUUUAAGGACAAGUUGAAACAGCUGCUGCAUAAACAUCGGAGGAAAUCCAUUUUCAAAAUUAAAAAAAAAAGUCUAUCUACGUCCAUUGUGUGGACAGAUGACUCCUCUUCCGUUAAACUUGGGGUUUUGAACAAAAUAACCCUUGGGGACAGUAUAAUGAAACCAGUUUCCUAGCCAUAGGUCUGGAUCACUGGAUGUUCAGGGGUACCUAAAACAGGUCUGGCUUUGGGAAGAUGGUGACUGCAACGCUUUUCAUCUUGGUCAGUGGUGACCCUUCUGCCCGGCGGACACGGUGGAAUGAAUGACUUCUGGCCCUGCCUUCCAGUGACAAAUCUACUACUCGUGAACUGUGCUGGGAACAGCACCGAAGGACUCUUCUCCUCACCUUACAUGCCUGAAACACUGCGACUCCAUAUAGGGUAGGCUGACAUGCCCUUGAUCUCCAGCUACUCAGCACUCCAAGCCAACCCAUGAACACCCGCGGGUAGACACAGCACGGUCUUCUUUUUACAUCAAGUUGCACUGUCCGUAAAAUACCUUCACAACAUCUUAUUCCAGUGUGGCCAUAAUAACAUAAAUCUAGCAUCUCUUU